AAGGAAAUCCCCUCAGAAAGUGAAUCCAGGGGUGAUUUUGGGGCGGUACAAGCUGCAGGUAAUGAAACCUGACCAGUUUGGUGUUAGUAGUACCUGAAAUGCAACAUGGUGAGGAAUCUGUUCCUGGUGCUGCUGCUUAUUUGUCUUCAAAAAUGCAGUCAUGGUAAACACUUGCUUCGCUUUUUGACCUUCUGUCAAAGAGACGUACCUGAAGAUGGACAGUAUGAUAUUGAAUAUGAUGGCGAUCAGCUCCUCUACGUUGACCCUCUCACCUUUCAGGCUGUGCCACGCCUCCCAGAGUUUGCAGAGCAGUGGACCCCUGAUCCUAAAUUGGCCAAAGACGCAUUCGUUUCCCUGGGUACCUGCAAAUACAACAUCCCACGUGCCAUAAAGGGAGAAAACAGGCCUCCAGUGGUCAUAGUCAGUCCUACCUCCCUGAUCAUCCCAAAGCAGGACGUGGAGCUUGGGGUCCCCAACACCCUAAUCUGCUUUGUCAACGACUUCCAUCCUCCUGUAGUCGACAUCACCUGGACCAGGAAUGGACAUCUUGUGGACCAGAGUGAGGUCAGCCAGACUCAGUACUACUCCAACAGCGACUUCAGCUUUCGCACCACAUCCUACCUGAGAUUCACUCCACAGGAGAAUGACAUCUACUCCUGCAGUGUGGAUCAUGCUAGCCUACAGGCUCCUCUUACCAGGUUCUGGGAAGUUGAAGUGCACACAGACCACCAGACUGCAGAGACAUCAGUGUGUGUUUGUGGUGUGAUCCUGGGGCUGAUUGGAGUUGUCACAGGACUCUGGUUUAUAAUGAAAGCCAACAAGUCUUGCUGGGCGUAACACUCAUCAAGAGAAAUCAGAUGUGUGAUUGUCUUUUUUCUUCCUUUUGGAGUGAAAUUCCUCUUUGUCCGUAUGAGAGUUUUAUUUUUUUAUUACACCUGCACUGUUUAUAUAUAUCGUCUGUGUCUGUUUUUUUUUUGUUUUUUUUUCCCCAUUUCUGUAACAGCUUUGAAUCUAAACCUGUGCUAAAUAAAAACCCAUCAGUUACA